AUGCGCUCGAUCCCGACCUUUGCGAGAUACUCCAGCAGCAUACAGAGAAGGUUGUAUGCCGUGAACAUCGGCACGCCUACGCCCCGUCUUCCCCAUAAACCCCAGCUGGCGUACGACUCGGCCGGAUCACGCGCUCAAUCCCAAUCUUUGCAAGAUACUCCUGCAGCAUUCAGAGAAGGUCGGUAUACCAUGCGCUUGAUCCCGACCUUUGCGAGAUACUCCGGCAGCAUACAGAGAAGGUUGUACGCCGUGAACAUCGGCACGCCUACGCCGCCUCUUCCCCACAAACUCCAGCUGGCACACGACUAG